AAUAACCUAAAAAAGACGAAAGAUGGAUUCAGGAGACAACACCAGCAUUAUGAGUUGCCAGUUUUGCGGGGAGGCGUUCAGCCUGCCGGAGGAUGAUGUGGACGGUAACCUCCCCCGUAUGCUCCUCUGUGCUCACAUCUACUGCACGUCCUGUCUGCUCUCCCUCCACCACCACGGAGUCAUUCAAUGUCCCGAGUGUGAGGUUGAGUCGACGCUUCCUGAAGGAGGAGUGUUCGGCCUGCAGGAGGACAGCAGGAUCAUCGGCCUCAUCUACACGUCUAAAAUGAACAGGAUGAAAAGGUGCGACCGAUCAAGAAAUCGCAAAAAGCCCAAAAUAUCACCGUCCAAAGACGUGAAGGCCGAUACUGAGGGUCCGGAGCAGCCAGCUGAUGUGGAGAAGAUUAAGUUGGUGGAUGAGGCGUUGGAGCAGGCUGCAGAAAGUCACGCUGCUCUGGAAAAUAUCCACGAGACGCUGACCAACGGUCUGGCUGAACAGCUGAGGAGAGAGAGAGCUCGGCUGGAGGCUGAGAUCAAGCAAGCUGCAGACAAAGCUUCACACGCUGUGCAGAAGUGGAAGGACGUGCAGUUGAGUCAGCUGACAAAACUGGAGGCAGAGUUCUCAUCCAGCCAGUCAGAGGUGAGCUGUGUGCAGAAGAGGAUGAAGGCUCUGGAGAUCGCCAUGCAGAUGGCCAGAGAAGUACGACGUGUCCCCAUCCUGGAGCAGUACUGCACCCUGGACAAGGUUGUGGAGACGCUGCAGGCUCCGGUGGAUAAACAGCUCUACGAUAUGAAAUGCAUCACUAUGGGCUCCGGGAUGAGCUGUGUUUUCCGGUCAGAGUGUCUGAACCAGAGUCUGGAGAUCUCUCUGAAAAUGGAAGACGCCGCCCCAAAGCAGUUGUCCGAGUCUCCUCCCAAAGACCUCCAGCAGAGCGACUCCAGCAGGAAGUCCCCAAAGGACCGGAACAGAAACUGUGUCUCACCUGAACCGGACCAGGAGAGCCCCGGAGCCAUCAGUUCCCCCUCGCGAGGCUCCAACCGCCCUGGAACUCCAGACGUGAUCCUGGAGGAGCUAUUGAUCGAGGGACAAGAGAAAGGUGCUUGUUUGUCACAUGUUCCUCCUCUCCCCCCCCCCACCGGCCCUGAGCUGGCCAACGACAACUGGAGAAUCCAGAGGAGGAGGACGAGUGUGUCGUUUGGCAAUAAGAGAAAUGUCACCCAGUGGGUGGUGGUGAGCCACGUCGUGAAUCCGAGUCACUUCUACGUCCGCUACGUGGCGGAGAAGAGGGACAGCGAGUUCAUAUCUAAGAAGAUCAACCACUUCUGCUGCGGCGACGGCUGUCGCUUCACUUCCUGUGACGCCGUGGAGAUCGGCGCCCUGGUCUUUGUGAAGAGGGAGGAGGGACUCUGGUUUCGGGCCAGGCUGGUGGAGGUCUUUCAGGACGGAUGUGUGGAGGCUGUGAAGGUCUGCCCGGUCACCCAGCUGGCCAGCGUCCGAGUCUUCUUCCUGGACUCUGGCCUCGGCAAAAGACUCGCCAUAGAGAGAGAGGAGGAGACCGCUGAGUCCUCACUGAAGGCUGUGAACGACCGCCUGAGGAAGGUGGGCGAGGGCGUGAAGGUGGAGCUGAGUUACUUUGUUCCUCAGGCCGUCAGAUGUUCACUCAAGGACCUGGUCCCCUACGAUCUGACAAAGGGCUGGAGUAAAGAGGCCCAGCUGGAGUUCCUCAGUGUGGUUGGCUCUGCAGCGGUGGAGAUGCGUCCUCUGGGUCAGGACAGAGACUCUCUGCUGGUGGACCUGAGGAAAGCUCCCAUGGACCAGUCUAGGGAUGUGCCCAUCUCUGUCAGAGAGUACCUGGUCUUCAUCGAGGUGGCCAGGUUUUAUUGUCCAGUGAAGUUGAGCAGGAGGCCUCUGCUGUACUACCCUCCUAAAGAUCCCAAGAUCAACACGGAGCUCAAUGCUGUGGUGUCCCACAUCAACAACCCUGCUGACUUCUACAUCCAGCUGGUGGACAACAUGGAGUUCGUGUUGCUCUCAGCGAAGCUCCAGGAUUGUUACGGUGCGACUACAGUGACCGAAGCAGACGACCUGAGCAUCUACUGCCCCGACAUAGAACAGGCCUGUGUGGCCCGCUAUAAGGACACGCUGUGGUACAGAGCUCAGGUCAUCGGUCAUCCAGGGGGCAGAAAGGUGGAGGUGCAGUAUGUUGACUUCGGCAAUAAAAAAGUUGUGUCAGUCAGCGACUUGAGGAAGAUCAAGGAUGAGUUCUUCGCCCUUCCUUCCAGGGCUGUCCGCUGCUGUCUGUCAGAUGUGACUCCUCCGGAUGGAAAGAGGUGGAGCGACGCCUGCAGCCACAGAUUCAGCAGCCUGGCUCACCAGAAGCUGGUCACUAUUGUGGCGACAGGUCAAGUCCCUAAGUCUGAGCCUCUGCCGGUGAAACUGUUUGAAAGUCCUCUGAACGGACCGCUGGUCAACAUCGCUGAGCUGCUGGUCAGAGAGCAGCUGGCCUCCUUCAAAGAGGGACUGCAGUCAUCGGAUGCUGGAGAGGAGUCGGCCAUCUGGGACUCUCCUCUUGAGCUCGGCUUAUCCACGGAUGCUCAGGAACAAAAUGUCUCCGGAGAUCAGAGCGAAGAGCCGCUGGAGUUUCAUCCUCAGCUGACGCUCCCGGAUCAACUGAAAGACCUGAAAGUGAGAGUGAGCCACGUGAACUCACCGAGCAGCUUCUACGUCCAGUUCACCCAGUACGACGCUCAGCUCAAAAGGAUGUGUGAGCUGGUGAAGGAGGAGGUUGAGCUCACGGAGCCUGAACACCUGGAGUGGAAGGAAGACGAGUUUUGUGCUGCUCUCAUCAACGGCGUCUGGGAGAGAGGACGCAUCUGCUCACACGUCACAUCAGAAGACUCUACAGAGGUGAUGCGCUCUGACCAUGGCAACAAGGUGAAGCUCCACGUCAGCAACCUGAGGACGUUACCGCUCUCCUUAACGGGCUCUCUGGCUCUGGAGUGUUCUCUCACUGACAUCAGGCCAGCAGGAGGCCGAUCCACCUGGACGGCGACGGCCUGCGACUUGAUCUCCUUCUACCUCAACGGAGCCUCGGCUGUGAUGACCAUCAAGUUAUUUUAG